AUGACCCCGCCAAAGGAAGUUCCCGAAGUUUUCUCGGUGGUUCUGGGGUACUGCGUACCUACUGCGUACGCCGAAUUUGCCGAACUCACCGAAGUUUUAGCCGGGGGGGUUCGCAACCAGCCGCACCCCUACCGGCUUUCUUCUCAACGGCGGCUAGGGCCGGAGAGACGUACCUGCUCUCCCCCUUCGCCCACAGUUUAUUUCCGCUCCUCUCCUUCCGCAAACGACCCUAGGUAUCUCGCACCCAGACCCGAGGCCGGACCACCCUUUUCCACUUCCUCCAUAAGGAGAAAAAAAAUGGACAACCAAAGAAGCGGAUCCACCCAGGGGGGCGGUGGUAACAACGGCGGGAGAUCGGACGGAGCGCUAACCCAACAGCAGCAGCAGCAGCAGCAGCAGCAGCAGCAGCAGCAGCAACAGCAACAGCAACAGCAACAGCAACAGCAACAGCAACAGCAACAGCAGGGGUUGGCUCAGGGUGGCGACGGGAACGGAGUCUACAACGACUCGCAACCGCCCCAGGUCGAUAAUGGCGGGAAUGACGCUGCCGGGGGGCAGAAAUGGACUUACUACUACUUCUAGACCAUUCUUUGGCCUUUCGACAACACAGCGGUGGUAUGCAUAGGGGGUGGAUAGGAGUGGCCCCCCCUAGGCUUUCUCGCUGGUGGUGGUGAUCGUGUGCCCUCGGUUCACCGCUACCUAUCGUUUCCGGUUUGUUUUUUGUCGACGCGCAAGAUGACGAGAUGAUGGCCGUGCUGAGCGUAGAGGGCUUUUUUGCAGAUCAGACGCAAAUGGGGAACAGCAACAGAGAGCCGACGGGCUGCGGGCAGGAGAGAGAUGAUCAUUCCGUACCGGUGGGAUGGAAGUUUUUGUUUGCACAAUCAUCCACAUGGCAACUCCCUGCCCCU